AUGACGGAAUGGAUUAAUCGCACCUUGAGAGGCAGCCAAGGGCAGUUUCCACUUACACAGAACGUUACAGUUGUUGAAGGGGGAACAGCAAAUUUGACCUGCAGGGUCGAUCAAAAUGAUAACACCUCCCUCCAGUGGUCAAAUCCAGCUCAACAGACAUUGUACUUCGAUGACAAGAAAGCUCUGAGAGACAACAGAAUCGAGCUGGUCCGAGCUUCAUGGCACGAACUGAGUAUCAGUGUCAGUGAUGUGUCUCUGUCGGAUGAAGGGCAGUACACCUGCUCUUUAUUUACUAUGCCUGUCAAAACUUCCAAGGCUUUUCUUACCGUUCUCGGUGUUCCCGAGAAGCCACAAAUUACUGGAUUUACCUCACCGGUUAUGGAGGGAGAGAGGAUGCAGCUAACUUGCAAGACUUCUGGUAGUAAACCAGCAGCUGAUAUCAGAUGGUUCAAGAACGACAAAGAAGUUAAAGAUGUUAAAUAUUUAAAAGAAGAAGAUGCAAAUCGUAAAACAUUCACAGUCAGCAGCACACUGGAUUUCCUAGCAGAUCGCAAUGAUGAUGGUGCAGUUGUAAGUUGCAGAGUAGAUCAUGAAUCCCUAAACUCUACACCUCAGAUAGCAAUGCAGGUUCUAGAAAUUCACUAUACACCUUUAGUUAAAAUCAUUUCUUCCAAUUCAUGGCCUGAAGAAGGACAAUCUAUAAUUUUGACUUGUGAAUCCAAAGGAAAACCAGUACCAGAACCAGUACUGUGGACAAAGGAUGGUGGAGAACUACCAGAUCCAGAGAGAAUGGUUGUCAACGGCAGGGUCCUAAGCAUCAGCUUCCUAAACAAAACAGACAAUGGCACAUACCGAUGUGAAGCAAAAAAUCCUAUUGGACGAAACAGCACAGAAUAUGUCCUCAUAGUACAUGAUCCAAAUGCUUUGGCUGGACAGACCGGACCUGACCACGCUCUUAUAGGAGGAAUAGUGGCUGUAGUUGUCUUUGUAACACUAUGUUCUAUAAUUCUCCUUGGUCGAUACCUGGCAAGACAUAAAGGAACAUAUUUAACAAAUGAAGCAAAAGGAGCUGAAGAUGCACCUGAUGCCGACACAGCCAUUAUCAAUGCAGAAGGCAGCCAAGUCAAUGCAGAGGAGAAAAAAGAGUAUUUCAUUUAGAUGCAGAGCUAGAAUCUUGGAGUUUUACUUAUCAGGCUGACUGCUGGAGAAAACUGGCUAUCAUUUCUCAGAAUUCAUUUCUGCCAUCUUCUGCUAUCUUUAUUAACUCACAUACCUGCUAUAAGUAGCCAGUUUAUGCCAACAAUCAGCUGUUGACAUCAUCAUUCUAUAAUUACAGUAUCAUGCGUAAAGCAGGACAUUUCUUAUUGCCUAAAAUUCAUAUCCACUGCUCUCUUAACAUACAGUGCUUGAAUAUACAGCCUUAACAAUGUUAAUCAUCAUCUUAAUCCAAGUUUUCUACAUUUUUAAAUGUUACGCAGCUUUCUUCUUUUCCCGUUUUCUUUUAUCAUGUCCCUACUAGUACAUCAUAGAACAAUAUUCGUAACAAAUACUGUUAGGUAAGGACCUAGUUUACUUACAUAAAAUGUUAAGUCUAAGAUUAGAAGUUUACAAAGAAUGUUUUAUACAUGUCUAUCUAUAAUUCAAAGCGCAACUUGUUUUUGAAACAUAUGCCCUAGGAAACACAAACUGAAAUCUUUUUAGUAUAGUUUCUUGUAUGCUUGGAUUUGGUGCAAAAAACCUAUCAGUCCACUGAUUUGGUUUGGUUUGGUUUGCUUUGUUUUGUUAUGUUUUAAAUGGUACCUUGACAACAGUGCCAUGUUUCAGUGGUAAAAACAUGCUGAAUAGCUAUACAGAUUCUGCAAAGUUAGAUAAUAGUGCUUCGUUUGAAACAAAUUUGUCCUGCCCUUUUACUGCUUUUCGGGAUCGCGAAGAUUAGAGAUCUUUCUGAGUAAUUUCUGUUUUUAUAAUUUAUUUGCUUCACAUGAACUCACCUGCCUACUCAAAUUUGAAGUGUUCAUGGGGCACAACUGCAAGGCAUUUUAGUAUCUGUAUAUAGUGCAUAUAAUAAAUUCAAUUAAACAUUAUUUGAUACAUAUUUAACUUUUUUGGCAGUAGCUAAGUCAGUCACAAGUAAGCAUUUUCUAAUGUCCAUUAUAUCCCUUUAGAUAUGACUCGAAUCAAUAUUCUGAGUAGAUAACAUGUAUUAGUAUUUUUUUGUCUGUAUGUCCUAGCACUGUUCAGCAGCAACCUUUUCUAGUUCUUGUUAAUUUUUUCUUUGUUAUACAAUGGAAGCACAAUGUUAUAUGGAAAGGUAGUUUUAAGCUAACAACCAGUGCACAGCCUCAGGUUUUAAAUUACAACCACAUUUGAUUACUAUCCUUAAAAAAUACUAUUGAGUUGCUAAAAUUCUCAGUUUUUAAUUUGGCAGUUCCAGAGCUGCUUCUCUAUGUUGGUUUGCCAAAAAAAAAAAAAAAGAAAAAAGAAAAAAAAAAAGGAAAAAAAUAGAAGUGUUAAAACAAAAGAUAUAUGUUUUGUGUAUACAGUAAAUGGACUAAUUCUUUAUAUUAAAUUCCUGUCUAUGCAUUUUGUGAGGUACAAACUUAUGUCACCGUGAAUGAUAGAGAAUUCCUGCCAUGCUUUUAGCUCCACAGUGAAAGUCUCUGUUUGGAUUAUUUCUGAAAUUUUUUGUGUAAUUGACAGCUGAAAAAUCACAUGCUCUUAAAUAUGACAACAAAACACUGUAAGCCCAUCGGCUUAUUUCCUCUUCCAAUGAAAUAAAAAGGUUGCCACAACAGCUCUUGGAAAUGGUUCUACACUGGAGAGCGCAAGUUAGUCUAGCCAGAGCUUGUCUUGCUCCUGAGUUUUGCACCUUUGACAAAAGAGUAUUUCUCUCUGGUUGCUGGACUUGUGAAGCCUAAAAGCAUGAUGGUCUGCUGUGAAGGACUUUCUCCUGGGAUUUUAUUUUUGUGUGGGGAAGGGAGAGUUUGGAAUAUGACAUCAUGUAGUAUGGUGAAAUGGAAGCUAAAGGUGCUGUGUCAGAUUAUUUAUCAGAAGAGUAUAAACCUUUUAAGGACAAUAUUAGAGUAUUUUAAUUGUUUUUGUUGAAACAUUUAUCUUGUUGAUUUCUAAGAAAAAAGGGUGACGUCAAUCAAAGCAGCACUUUUUUUCAAAAUAUACAGACAUAAAUAAUAUGAUGUGGUUGAGUGUUAACAUAAUAAAUCAUAUACAGUAUGACAUUUUAAAGAAA